GAUUGGUGCAAAUUGUGCGCACGUGGAGGUUUGAGGGGAGUCUGAAAAAGAGUAGAGGGAGAGGAAGAUAAUUACCCGCGUUGUGCUUCCGUCUUCGGGUUACGUUCUUUAGAUUACGGGUGAAACCGAUUUUCUAUUUAGAAGAGGAAAUGUUUUAAUGUUACUUAGAUUGUAUUUGUAAUAUCCGAAGGGGUUUCACCUGAAUUUGGAGGCAAACUUCAAAGUUUUAUAAUCCUUUUGUAUUUAUAUUUGUUUUAGGCGCGUGUCUGUUAAGUAAUCUUUCGUUGGGUGCGCACCAUUUGUCAACCGGUGAGGCAGGCAAUAGGUCAAACGGCGCAUCGACCGGGGCAUACCCGUUCAGAUUCGGCGCUCAUUUCAGAAAUGUUUAGGCUGUCAUCUGUUUAAUCUGUAAUAAAAAGAAACAAAGAAAACCACAGAGAGUUUCUUUCUGACUGACGAUGGCUAUUCCCCUCUAUGUAAGAAGAAACCCCACUCCAAAUCCACGCCACUUCAAUCCAGGUCAUCCCCCCGGCUGGCUGUUAAGGACUCUCCCCAACGUUCUGGGGGAUACAGAUAAACGUCACCUCCGCCGAUCAGGCGGUAAACCGGAAAAGGAUAUUUUGCAAUAUUUUUGGCGUUUAAAAAAUAUCCAUAAACGUGUCUUGUUAAGUUGUCUUCAUGCUGUUUCUAGGAAAACAUGCCACGCUACUGCGCAGUAAAGCUUUGCCGAAAUCGUGGGGGGACUCCGUCAAAACAGGACAACAAGAGAAUCAGCUUCUACCCUUUUCCCUUGCAGGACAAGCCCAGGCUCCAGAGGUGGGUGAAGAACAUGAGGCGGGGGGUGUGGACCCCGAGUCGGCAUCAGUAUCUCUGCAGCGAGCACUUCACAGAGGACUGCUUUGACAUCCGCUGGGGCAUCCGCUACCUGAAGAACACGGCCAUUCCCUCCCUCUUUCCCCCGGCCGAAAACGAUUGUGAGAAUGAAGGUGCCCUUCAGAGGCCCCCAAAGGCCACAUCCCCUUCGGAGACUGACCACUUGGAGUGUGUUCCCAGUAAGAUUCCCGUCAUUUUGAGGGAGACCUGCGCACCGAUGCAGGCACAAGCGAGGGGGCAUAUUGCCAGAGAACAGUCAGCGGUGCUGAUCCAAGUCCCUCUUCUGCCAGAACCCGGGAUCCCCUGUCAGUCAAGUGUCCCCGAGACACGCACCGCUCCUUGUGAGGUAACGGGCGACAGUGGAGACUCAGCAGCGUCCCGCCUCACGUCGUCCGUAAGCUCCGAAGACGGAACCGACUCGGUUGUCACCCUGUUGUGUUGUGAGACACUCGUCCCUCGCUCCAGCGUCGAGGAACCCGGGGAUGGCGCUUCCUUCCAAGCAGACCAGGGCCAGACCUUUCGCUUUGUCCCUUUAGAAUUGCUUAAGGAGAAAUAUCCCGAUGACUUUGGGGAGGAGACGGGACCCGGCGACGCGGAGCACAGCUCGGUGCACGAGCACUCGUACUGCAGGCCGGACACCGACAAAGAGGAGUUGUGGAGUAAGAUCUUGAGUCUGCACACCAAGAUCUCGGAGCUGGACCGCAGAGAAGAGAUGGCUGUGGCUAAAAUCCGCACUUUGGAGAACGAGAUUGCCCUCCUGAGGAGAGACGGGGCCGUUUUUAAAGAGAAGCAGAAAGUUUUAGAAGAUUACAUAUCAUCUGUUUUUCUGUGAACUUUUUUUUUUUUUUCAUCUCAGUCAAAUAUUUGUCUUUUGCAAAACUGCUACUGUAAUCUGUCACUUCAGAUGCAGGUCUGAUAAUGUCCACAUGGUGGCGCUUUUUUCAUUUGCAGUGCCUUCCUGCUAGAUUUGAAUCUAUUUUUGUAAUGUGAACAGCACAUUUUACUUUUUUUAUAUGAAAGGGCCUACAUUUCAGUAUGUAUGUUGACGAAAAUUUACAAGAUUAUGUCAGAGUUAUGCCAAACUAUUAAUAGAAUAAUUUAUAAUAUUCUCAAGGGGCCCACAGCGACCCUUUUUUUCAUUAAGCGCUGGUGUGUUUCAGAACGUCUAAUCUGUUUUAGACAUUUAAAUGUGCUUUUCUACAUAAUCCUCCCAAAACUGUUGUUAUUUUUCAGGCUUUCUAUGUUGUUUCAGGGGACAGUGGGAGUUUCAGCACUUUCCAGGUCUGUAUUAGUAUAGACCAAAAGAAAAUUAGGAAGUUUAAAAACUUGUCGUUUUCACACUUUAUUCCUUUCUGGUGAAAUUCGAGCAAUUUCCAAAACGGAUCAGGCCAAACAGAUUUCAUGAAAGUUUUACCUCCAGCUGGUGACCAUCAGUGUCUGAAAUUAACUUCACAUAAGCGCGUGCUCUUGCAGAUGUUUGACGGACAAGGAAAGGGUAAGGGUCUGGAUGUGGGAUCUUUGGACUGCUAAACUUGUUUGUUAAGCAACAAAGUGUUCAGUUUUUUGACGUUUAACAACUGUCGAAAAGGUUUGAGGUAAACGUAAAUUGACUUUUCAAAUAAUCUAGAGGUUUUCAGGCCAGCAAAGGAUGGAAUUUUGACGCAAAAAAAUCAAUCGUAAUCCCACUUUUUCCUUCCACUUAACUUUCCAUCGAUAUAAUUGGACAGAGCGCUGUGUAGGGCAUCACAUAUCUGUCAGUAGAAACAAAAAUGAUAUAAUGAAAUGAACUGGAAGAAACACAAGGCUGAAGCAAGAUGGAGCGAUACAGAGGAGCAAGACGUAAGUCCUCUGUUAAGUAAUCAUUCGAUUGGGUCUGCACCAUUUGUCAACCGGUGAGGCAAUUUAAAUGGACGAAGAUUUAUAAGCUAAGAGACUUUCGUGGAUUUCAAUAAUCUCGAGAUCAUGUUUUUAUACAACUGGUUUUAGUUUUGAUGACCUGGCGUGAUUGGGUAAUAUUAAAAAAUGUUAAUGUUAAGCAACUGAUUAUGAGGAUUUCAUUAACUUUAUGCCAUGAUUAUCAAUGAACAGAAAUAAACAAUUGAGAUGCAUCACCCUG